AUGGAGUCUGCCCUCGAUAGGGAUACCGCCAUUUACCUGCUCGAUCAUGAUGGAGGCCCGGCUGACGCGGCUGACUUUUUCGGAGAGUUCCUGAAUUUGGACGGAGACGAGGCCCCUGAAACUCCCAUCGAUACUGGCCGCAACGGCAAUCCGGAUGCGUUCUUCACCAACCCUGCAGCGAUGCUCACUACCUCUUCAGUUGUCUCGUCCGCAGAUGAACGCGAUUAUUUUGCCACAAGCUCUCGCCUGGGGAAUGCUUCAUCUGCGGCAAGCCAUGGAAAUGAAAAUAGAAAUAAUACGGCUGAGCUUGCUUUCGGUGAUGCCUCCGAUCCGGCUAGGGGCGGAACUGCUCAUGCACUUGGAUAUCUUGGCCGCAGGUCUAUGUCGGAUAAUGACCUACAUCGCCUUGAAGACAUCUCCCUUCGCUCGCCGCAAAAUAAUGUUUCCUCUGUUCCACCUACAUCGUCUUCCACGCCGCCGAAUACUACUGGGAGGUCAAAGCAGUUCGUUGCGGCAUUAUCAUCCGGUUUCCGCAAAGCAACUAAUACUUUGGGACGGAGGAACAGAAAGGAGCAGCAACAGCAACAGGAGCGGCAGCAGCUCUCUCUUCAGAGGCCAGCAUCUCCUACACUUGAGCAUCCUCCCAUGGCCAUCCACCCUCGCCCGCAACGAAUGCACUCCAUUACUCACACCAGCACGGGGAGCGUCUCACACGAGAGUCCAUCGCCCCUGGCAUAUAACCCUAGCCCAUCGGCCUUUGCUACCAGCUUCCCUGAUCACCCGUUUGCUGAGCAGCCGAGAGCAUAUCCUUCAUAUCCUUCUCCAAAUAUACAAUAUUUCAAUGAUGGCGGCAUGGGUCCUACGGCAGUCCAUGGUUCCACCCGUCGCAUUAAGAGCGAGCAGCAGCUGUAUCAGGGGUCUCCAAGCAUGAUAUCAUCCACAGCCACCGUCGAUGCCGCUUCACAGAUGCCACAGCAGCAGCAGCAACAACAACACCAGCAAGGCGGAUGGCAGCACCCAUUGACGACUCCAACAGCGCCAGAGCCAUGGGGCGGCUCAGAGUACGUGACGAGCCAAGACCCGCGCUGGUGGGACUUCAGCAUGAACGCCAGCGUGAACCAAGCAAUGCAUUCUCAGCAUGGCGAGCUGCCCUACGAAUAUGGACCCUUGCCAGACACAAGUGCAACCGGUCUCAUGAUUCACAUGCCUCAGCUUCACCCAUCUCAACAAGGGGCUGUCAACGACAUUGCCCUGACCGCGCAGACAUACAUACCCCCGCCACCCCCUAUCCCGGCGACAGAGCGCAACAAUCGGCCUCCGCGAGCACCAUCCUCUGGGACUCGACAUCGCAACGUGUCUUCCUCUCCUAUGCGCAGAACUCGGCGCCCCUCCGCGUCCGCCUCCCCCACGCAAGUGCACUCCCAGAUGCGCAACCAGUCCCGACACAGCUCUACAGGGUCCAUCUCCUCUGUCCGCAGCGCCUCUGGCCGGGCACCCGGGUCCGCGCCCAACACACCGGGAGGGGUCCGCAAGCGCCGAUCGAGAGACGUGUUAGGGGGUAACAUUGGUGGCGGGAUAAAUUUGGGCGGUGGGGGCGGCGAUGAGCUGGGCUUUGUCAACUUUACGCCUAAUGAUGGUAACGUUCUCAUGACCGGCGUGGCACCAAGUGGCAGCUCAAAAACGAAAGCUCGGAGGGAGAAGGAGGCCCAGGAUAAGAGAAGGAAACUCAGUGAGGCGGCGAUGAAGGCCGUAGCUGCGGCGGGAGGGGAUGUGGACAAGCUUCUAGGAGAGGGCUUUGAGUUUUAG